AUGGCGCCUUUGGGGUUUCUCGUGACUGGCGCCUCCUCCGCCGCCUUCCGAGGGCUACACCGGGGGCCGCGGUUGCUGCCCCUGUCAGGAUAUGGUGCUCAGGACUGCUGGAAGUGGCGGAUCAUCUGUGUCUCGCUGAUGCACAGCCUGCUCACCGGGACCAGGGUGCUACUCCGGCUGUCGUGAUAUCCGCAGAUGGCCGCUGAUUCAGCCGCGGAUUCAUGGCCACGGAUUCAUGGCCACCAGCCCUGGGCCCUAUUGAUGGUGGCAGUGUCAGUGGGUUACUUCCUGGCCAAUGGGGCUGACAUGCUGUGGAACCAGACCUUGAGCCAGAUCUAGUACCUUCUUUCUCACCAUUUGGUAGUGAGCCGCCUCAGCACCACUGUUCUGUCUAGUCACUAUGUGGGUUUCUUAAUGGUGUUUCUGCUCUUGGUGCUGAACUCUGACCACUUCUACCUGCAGAAACUGCUACUGCUUUCUCACCAAGCCCCAUCCCUGGCCUUCAGUGUGACCAGUUGAGCCACUUGGCUACCCUGGCCCUCUUCUACCUGAUACCUGUGGUGGAUGAGUCUGUGGUUGCUCUAGUAGCAAUGCCAGGUGCCUCUUGCUCUGGUCAUCCUUGGUGGAUCUGGGCUGGUCACUGUGAGUGCCACAAGCAUCACACUGGGUGUCAGAAUCCAGAUGAGUGAUGUUCUGUGGUUGGUCCCACCCUUCCUUGGGAUCAAGGAAACCAGGGGGACCAAAACAUGUGAUGGUGAGCCUGUCACCAGAGACAAAUCCAUUUUCAGCCUAAAAUCUAGGGAAAAUAGCAGGCUCCUCUUCUACCAACCAGGAGAUCCGCCCCCUCCGGCGCAGCUUCCAAAUCUGAUUGGUGUUUUCGUUUAUCCAUCUGAGCACUUCGGCGCCUAUUGGGUCAACUUUUACAGCCUGGUUGCGCACUUCCUGACGUUGGGAACGCGGAGCGGACGUAGCCUUGCCGCCAUUGCUUUGCGGAGAAAGCGGCUGUCUGUGUGA